UGAAGUUGAAAACAUAGGAAAAGAAUGGAGAACUCCAAUGACAAAACAGAUUCAUCUAAAAUCACAGCCUACUUUACCAGUCCAGGAAAGAAGAAUUGUGUGGAAAAUGAUACAUCUGAUUCCAAGUGUUUCACCCCAUGUAAAGUGGAAAUGAAUUUGACUUCUAAUGGAACACCCUGUAAUGAUAGGAAAGGAAUCAACAAGACAGGCAAACCAGUCCUAACUGUCAAUUCACCAAGGGCCAGGAUGAAUAGAAAAAAAAAAUUGAUAGAAACUGGCCUAGACAACAAGUUAUUGACUGAUUAUUUUCCAGUACGUAGAAGUUGUCGCAAACCUAAGUCAGAAAUAGAGAAAGAAAAAAGGGCAGAACUUGAAGAGAAGAUACUAAAUAAUGUGGAGGAAGGAUUAGAGGUUGCUACUUUAGGAGAAAAAGGCAGAGGAGUUAUUGCCACCAGGAAGUUUUUACGAGGGGAUUUUGUAGUGGAAUAUGCAGGGGACCUUAUAGACCUUUCCACAGCAAAACAACGAGAAAAGGAGUAUUCUGAAAAUCCAAAAUUUGGGUGCUACAUGUACUACUUUGUUCACAAAAACAGACACUACUGCAUUGAUGCCACAGCUGAAAGUGGAAGAUUAGGACGUCUCAUAAACCACAGUAAAACAGCAGGAAACUGUCACACAAAGCUGACAGAGAUUAAUGACCGCCCUUAUCUCAUGCUUGUGGCCUCCAGAGACAUUUCUAUAGGAGAGGAACUCUUAUAUGAUUAUGGGGACAGGAAAAAGGAAUCCCUAGAAUCUCAUCCUUGGUUAAAAUUUUAGCAAUGAUUAUAUAGAGUAUGGUUGUGUAAUGAAUUUUUCCUUAAAAUGUAAUUUGAAUUCCAUUAAAAUUGUUUUGUUAAGAUUCUGUCCAUGAUUUAAGUAGCAGUAUGUAAUACUAUUGUUAUUCUGACAGUUGUGUUUGCAUGUUGUCACGGUGAAUAAACUGAUAUCUGUUAUAUAUACAUGUACAUGUUUCACCAUCAUCAAGAAAUGGCAGGAUUAAGAAAAGACGGCUAGAAUUUUCUUUUUUCCAAUCAUCUUUCUGUUUUAACUUUUCUGGAAUUUGCUACUUAUGUUUCUGGGUAUUACACAGCAAAAUUUUAUUUGUUAACAACUACCAGAAACCCAAAAUGUGUUUAUUUUUAAUGAUUUUCCUUAAAAAAAAAGAAAAGGUUGCUCAUUUUACCAAUUUUAAUGGCCCUGGCCCUAAUCCCUAACAUGUUACGAGAGCCCUGGUUUUUUUCACCUAUCUUUAACAAUUCUCAAAAAUUGCUUUAUAUUAAAAAUAGAUGAAUUAUAAUUUCAUUGUUUCAAAAUACUGCAGUCAAACCUAUUUAUCUUGAACUCCAUCAAUGUAGAAGUGAGAAAAAACUUUAGGAUAUCUGAGGAUUCAAGAUAUCAAGAUUAAAAUACUAAAGAAAUAUUUGGUUGGGACUUGGACUUCAAUGUUUUUGAUUUCUUUCCAAUAAAAGUAUUUUGUUUGAGAAAA